GCGGAUGGUUCGCAGUCCCGUGCCGGGUGUCGGUUGGUGCAAGACAAGCAAGUAUCUCACAAUAUCCUAUAUGAUAUAGUGUAGCGCUUUCACAUUCAUUAUUCAAGGAAACUAUAAUAUCGUUUUAAUAAGCUCCAUAAGCCUUUUUCAUCGUGGCAGGUCGAAAAUGUACAAUAUUUGUGAUGCCACGAAGACCUCCAAACGGAGAUGACGCCUGUAACGUUCUCUUACAAGGUUAUCUAGAAAACUAAGCUAAUCAAGGUUGACAUUUUACACACCCUAAAAAGCCAGCUUGCGAUAAACAGUAAAAUAAUGCGAAAGGCAUUUCUGAAACAUGUCCGACGUUUUCCGUGGGUCACCAACGUUACUCUGUAUGGCUGUCUGUUCGCUGGAGGGGACUUCGUCCACCAAUGGUUCUCACACAGGGAGAAAAUGGAUUGGAGACAUACACGUAACGUCGCCGUGGUCGCAUUCAGUUUCCAUGGCAACUUCAAUUUUUUCUGGAUGCGGUUCCUUGAGCGGAGGUUUCCUGGGAAUUCUGCCGGGAUGGUGAUGAAGAAGCUGUUGCUUGACCAGACUACAGCGGCACCCCUGGCUACGAGCGUAUUCUACACAGGAGUCAGCUUCUUGGAGGGCAAGGAGGACAUAACAGAAGACUGGAGAGAAAAAUUCCUUAACACAUAUAAGACAGGGCUAAUGUUCUGGCCAUUUAUGCAGUUUCUGAACUUUGCCUUGGUGCCUCUGUAUGUGCGGACCACCUUCACUGGCUGCUGUGCCUUUGUAUGGGCCACCUUUCUUUGCUUUUCUCGUCAGAGCGGUGAUGGCACAGCUGGUGCUGCUCUAGCAUGGAUGUUUCCUCCCAAAGAGAGUGAAGUAGAAUCCACAAAGGAGAACUCAAACUCCAAAGAGAUGAAUACUCCCAAAGAGGCAACAGUAGCAUCUAAGCCUGCUCAGAAGUGAAAUGAGUCAUUGUGUGAUGGAGAAAGACUCAAUGUAUACAGAAAAAGCCAGAACAACAGACAGCUGGUCCAGUGGGCAGCAGUUAUGCCUGAAAGCUAAUGAUGCACUAUCACUGCCACGGUUACAGUUAUGUCUCAUUAAAUAAGAAUGUGCUUUCUUAUGAUGCUGUAAGAUGAUUCAGGAAACAGUGCAGAAACUUGAAUGGAAUGAACAGUCUAUUUUUUCAAUAUUUAUACAUCAUAUCAACUGUAAGGGAAAUACAGUUCAGCCCUCCUUUAUGUUGUAGUAAGCCGUCAUUAGGGUUUUUUGUUGGUUUCCCUUCUUUGUAUCAUACAUGCAGAAUUGUAUCCUCACAUUUAGAACAUACUGUGUGAAAUUAUUCAGCUGAACCAAGCUUCAUGGUGUUGCACUGAUCUCUGAGAACAGUUUUGCCUGGUAUAGAAGCGACACUAUAUUGUCAAAAGUAUUCGCUCACCUGCCUGGACUCGCAUAUGAACUUAAGUGACA